AUGAGUUUUAGGAUAUCAAUCUCUCCUUAAAGAAAAAGAAGUAAUACAGGAAUACCUCAAUCUGCUAGACUAAUAAAACCAUCUAUGAAUUCUAUUCUUAUAAAUGUUGUAGAAGAAAUUAAGAAUUUUAUGUAAAAUUAUAGAAUAAUUAAAGGAAAUAAUUUAAUCCUUAGUUUUAGAACCUUUUAAGUUAAUUAAUAAGAAUAGCAUUAGAUUUGGAAAAAUAAAAUACAAAAUUAUAUCAUGCUCUUCAAUAAUAUAAGGCUUCAAGCAUAUCCAAUACAGAUUCUAUUUAAAAAGAACCAUCAUAUCAUUAAGAUAGGAAUAAAUCUAAAGAUUUUAGUCCUACAAAAAAAGAAUCCUCAGUUAAAAAUAUAGAAAUGACAUCUAGCAGCAGAUGAG